AUGCGGUUGUUGUUGAUGGCGUGGUGGGUCGCGAGGCCCGUCGCCUCGGCAGCGACGGCGUGCCUGUACGCGCACGGCGACGCGUCGCGCCGGCCGCGCACCUGCGUCGACGUGCGCGCCCUCUCGCGCCAAUCGCCCGCACGCUGCGCGACGCGGUCGCUGCGGCACCAGGUCUGCGCGCACGCGGACGGCGAGCUGGUGCAGCCGUUCUUCGUCCACGCGGCGACGGCGGGGGGAAACGCGUCGAGUCCGGGCCCUCCCACCGAGUACGUCGUCGAACACGGCGUCUGCCGCGCGGCCGCGCGCGGCGCGGCCGACGCCGUGGGCGCGGCGGCGGGGGCGCACGAGUGCGCCGCCCGGUGCGCGGCGCGGCUCCUCGCCGCCGGAUGUCGCGCCUGGAGCUUCGCGAACCGCAGCUGCGCACUCUUCUACGACCGCGGCGCGCCGCGAAGCGUCGAGAGGAGCCACGACGCGCGCUGCGCGAGCGGCGAGGUCGACGCUCCCGUCCGCGUCGUCCGCGACGCCGUCGUGUCGCACUACGGGACGCACGUCUGCCCCUGCCGCGACCUCGGCGCGCCGUGCGUCGUCACGACGCUCGCGUGCGGCGCGGACGCCGACGAGCCGCUGUCGACGGACGCGGCGCUCCGGCGGGCGCGCUGCGCGGCGCCGAGGUCCGACGCCGCCGUCGUGUCCAUCGCGCAGCAGUUCGGCGCGGCGACCUACCACUUCCUCGUCGAGGACCUCGGCCGCUGGCUCGUCGCGCGCGGCGCGGUGCCGCAUCACGCGCGCGUCCGCGUCGCCGCGCCGGAGCACCCGGGACGCGCGCGCCGCGAGCGGAACUGGUGGCAGCGGGCCAUCCACGGCGACCGCGACCCGCUCCGCAACCGACCGCAAAUCGUCGAGCUCCUGCGGCUGACCGGCGUCGGCCGCGCCCGGAUCGAGACGGGGCCGGGCCCGUUUCGGCUCGUCUACGCUCCGGCGCAGUCGCCCUGCGAAGGGCCGACGAUCCACCACCUCCUCGCGCUGCGCGCCGCGCUGCGGGCGGCGGCGCCCACCGCGGCGAAGCCACGCGUCGUCGUCGUCCGGCGCGCGGCGACGCGCGCGCUCUCGAACCACGACGCGCUCGUCGCCGCGCUCGUCGGCGCGGGCAUUGACGUGGCGGUCUACGACGACCGCCCGCUCCCCCAGCACGAGAUCCUCGCGCUCUUUGCCACCGCGCGCGCCGUCGUCGCGCCGCACGGCGCCGGCCUCGCAAACAUCGUCGUCGCGCCGCGACGCGCGAUUGUCGUGGAGAUCCGCGACGCGCGCCACUCCCGCUGCUUCCAGUACCUCGCCGAAGCGCUCGGCCUGCGAUGGGAGGGCCUCGCGUCCGUCGCCGCGCCCGCGGCGGACUUCAUGGCCGCGCCGCUCGUCGCGCCCGUGGCCGCCGUCGUCCGGUUAGUCGUCCGCGCGGCGAACGCGACACUGGACGCGGUUGUAUCUAAAAGAAUAUGA